AUGAUAUGUAUCAAUGGUGAUCAUAAUCAUCCUUUCAAUCCAGAUCAACUAGAAGCUAAACUAUUACGAGAUAAAAUGAAGGAACGAAUAAUAAGUGAAACAACAUCAAUUACGAGGAUAUAUGAUGAAGAAGUAGCUAAAGCAAAUCUAUCCAAAGGUGCAGUAGCAGUUUUACCAACUGUAGUUGAAUAUAGGUCUAACAUGAGUAAAGCACGACGAAAAAAUACACCUGUAAUACCAUCAUCUGAAAUUUUCGAAAUUCCAGAAUUAUAUCAACAAACAUUAUCACAUAAACGAUUUUUACUUGCAGAUUUAAUAACAAAUACAAUGAAACCUUCAAAAGAAAAAGAUGAAAUUGCUGCAGCUGAAGGCACUCUAGUAUAUCAUGGUGUUAAACAUGGACAUUCAUAUUUAUCUCAACAAUGCUUGAUAAAUGUAUGUAAAACAAUAUUUGCAUCUUCAACAGUCGCAAAUAAUUUAUCAUGUGCUCGAACCAAAGCAACAUCCAUUGCUGUAAAUGUAUUAUCGCCAUGUUUUACUCAACAUUUACUUGAUGAUUUGAAAAAGUCCUCAUAUUUUUCUUUAUUAUAUGAUGCUAGUAAUAAAGGAAAUGCAAAAUUAUUUCCAUUUUGUGUUCAACUUUUGUCUGCUACGGGUGUUAGAAAAGGAAUAAUUGAUUUAAUUGAUGAUGCUGAUGAAUCAGCAAUUAAAAUUUUUGCAAAUGCACAUCAGUUGCUUUUGGAUAAUGGUUUAGAUAUACAUGGAUUAACAGCAUUAGGAGUUGAUAACACGAACGUCAAUGUGGGUGAUAAUCAUUCAGUUUAUUCAUUAUUUAAAGAUGAAGUACCUGAUAUUCUGAAAGGCAAUUGUUACAGUCAUAUAUUACAUAAUUCUGUAAAACAUGCUCAUCGUGUGUUACCAAUUGACAUUGAGCAAAUUUUACUUUCUAUAUAUUCUCAUUUUUCACGUUCUGCAAAACGUGUAAAUGAAUUAAAACAAUAUUACGAAUUCUAUGAACAAGAUUUUAAAGAGCGUAUUGAUUCACAAUUUUUUGGUGCAGCUUGUCGAUAUAGAUUGGCACGUUUACCAAUCGACAAACAAAAUAUGUUAAAAACAUCAUUUAUUGAAUUUUUAAGUAAAAUUAUUUCUUAUGAAAAUAUUGAAGCUUUAACAUGGAAUCAAGUUAUUCAAUGUAUUGAUAUGUUAAAAAUAAAAGGCUUAAAUGAAGAUUGUUUAUUCGACGAAUAUACGAACAUAAAAUCAAUGUUUAAAACUAUAUCAGAUCAAAGUAUUCCAAUAUCUGAUCAAGUUCAAGCAUUUGUUAAAAAACAAAAUGAUAUAACAGUAACAAACAUAUGUGAUGAUGUAACAGACGUUGAUGAUGAUUAUUCAACAGGGGCAAAGAGAGUGAGAUCUGAUCAAUUAUGGAUGUUAUUACUUUCCCUCACCAAAUCACCAAAUUUUAAAAAACUCAUUUGUUUUUUAUAUUCAUUACCUUGUAGCAAUGCUUACGUCGAAUCAGCAUUCUCACAAAUGAAACAUUUACUAAGUGAUAAGAGAAGUAGUAUGACAACAGAGCUUAUAUCAGCUGAAUUAAAAAUACGUUUAAAUUCAACUUUAUCAUGUACUGAAUUAUAUAAAUAUAUAUUAAGUAGUGAAGAUUUAUUACGAGCUAUUAAAUCAGAUGAAAAGUAUACAUUUAAAAGAAAAUAUGUUUAA